GGCAAAUACCCGUUACAGUCGAGCCGCAUCCGGAAGGGGGUACGACUUCUUUGCUUUAAAAGCAAAUACCUGGCGGUGUCUCCAGUCAGUCUGGCAACAGGAUCUGAAGUAGUUCAUCUUUGAUUUUCUUCAGUUUUCUGUCUUACAACUCAACAUGGCAUCCGCAUCUCUUAUUUCCGAGCCAAGCUUCAGUGCUUACUGGGGAGGUAGCGGAGGUUUUGCCAACCAGACUGUGGUGGACAAGGUGCCGCCAGAAAUGUUGUACCUUGUGGACCCUCACUGGUACCAGUUCCCUCCCAUGAACCCAUUGUGGCAUGGCCUUCUUGGCUUUGUUAUUGGAGUCUUGGGUGUAAUUUCCGUGAUUGGAAAUGGCAUGGUGAUCUACAUCUUCUCCACUACCAAGAGCCUUAGAACUCCUUCAAACCUUUUAGUUGUCAACUUGGCCUUCUCCGACUUCCUCAUGAUGUUCACCAUGUCGCCACCCAUGGUCAUCAACUGCUACUAUGAGACCUGGGUUCUGGGGCCAUUCAUGUGUGAACUGUAUGCCUUAUUUGGCUCUCUCUUCGGAUGUGGCUCCAUCUGGACCAUGACCAUGAUUGCCCUUGAUAGGUACAAUGUCAUUGUCAAGGGGUUGUCAGCUAAGCCAAUGACAAACAAGACUGCAAUGCUCAGGAUUCUCUUCAUCUGGGCUUUCUCUGUGGCAUGGACCAUCAUGCCUCUCUUUGGCUGGAACAGGUAUGUCCCUGAGGGAAAUAUGACUGCCUGUGGAACUGAUUACCUCACAAAGGACUGGGUUAGCCGCAGCUACAUUCUUGUCUACUCUUUCUUUGUGUACUUCUUGCCUCUUGGAACCAUCAUUUACUCCUACUUCUUCAUUCUCCAGGCUGUGUCUGCCCAUGAAAAACAAAUGAGGGAACAGGCCAAGAAGAUGAAUGUUGCCUCUCUCAGAUCAGCUGAGGCCAGCCAGACAAGUGCAGAAUGCAAACUGGCCAAGGUUGCCCUUAUGACCAUCUCUCUGUGGUUCUUUGCUUGGACUCCAUACCUCAUCAUUAACUUCACUGGUAUCUUUGAGACAAUGAAGAUCAGUCCUCUGCUUACUAUCUGGGGCUCUUUGUUUGCCAAGGCUAAUGCUGUCUACAACCCUAUUGUCUAUGGCAUCAGCCAUCCCAAGUACCGUGCUGCCUUGGAGAAGAAAUUCCCAAGCCUGGCCUGUGCAAGCUCUUCAGGCGACAAUACAUCUGUUGCCUCUGGAGCAACCACUGUCAGUGAUGAGAAGUCAGAGAAGUCAGCAUCUGCGUAAAGCAGCACUCAAAAAGGUUACACAGUGCUCAACUUGCAUUGUUGUGUAAACUCAUGAACAGUGUGUACCACCAGCUACAACUAUUCUGAAACACAUAAACCGCUCAGUGUUUCUACUGUACUUUUAUCUAUACUCUUGUUCUGUGGUACUAAAAGUACAUUUCUUAUGGACACUGUGUGAAUCAACAAUGCUUUUUGUAUUGCUUGCUCUGAAAUUAUAUCUACAGAGCAUACUUGCAAGUUGAGUUGCUACUAUCUUGCAUGGCACACGGAUUGGGAGAUGACUUUAUGUACAGUAUAGUUUUGCCUCUCCCUUUCAAAAAUUUGUAUAAAAACCUUUCAGGAUUUACAUUGUAGCUUGAAGACAAAGAACUUUCUAUAAGAAAACAAUAAAUCACCCCUGCAAGUGACAA